ACAUGUCAGACGGUUUUAAGUGACUCUCAGUCGCAGAAAACUCUCCAGGAGACGAGCUGCUACUGCUGCCGCUGUGUUUGUUCUUGGUCCCGCUUCACAGAACAAUCAUGUCGGACUCCAUUAAAAACGUCGCGAUAUUUGGAGCCACGGGAAUGACCGGACUGGCGACCCUUCCGCUGGCGGUGGCUGCAGGUUAUGAUGUGACAGUGUUGGUUCGAGACCCUGCCAAGCUGCCUGCAGACCACAAGGCGUCCAGAGUGGUGGUGGGAGACGUUCUGAAUAAAGAGGACGUGAAGAAGGCGAUGGAAGGUCAAGACGCCGUCAUCAUCAUCCUCGGCACCAGGAACGACCUCAGUCCGACCACCAUGAUGUCUGAAGGCACCAAGAACAUCAUCGAAGCCAUGAAGGCUCGAGGGAUCCGCAAAGUGGUCGGCUGCAUGUCAGCCUUUCUGCUGUGGGAUCGAUCCAAAGUCCCUCCUCGUCUGAUUCCUGUCACCGAGGAUCACGACCGGAUGUACUCGGUGCUGAAGACGUCGGGACUGGACUAUGUGGCCGUGAUGCCGCCUCACAUCGGAGGCGACCUUCCCCUGACAGAGAGCUACAUGACGGCAGAGAACAUGCUGAGAGGACGAGCCAUCUCCAAACACGACCUCGGACAUUUCUUCGUCAAGUGUCUGUCCACCUCUGAGUGGGACGGCAAGACUGUAGGGCUGUGGGCAGACUACAAAUAAUUUCUUUAAUUCUAAGAGAAAAUGUUAAGAGAUAAAUAAAGGAAAGAUUUCUAUGUCGA